AGGCGGCUGCGCCGAGGGAGCGACGGGGCGGUGGCAGCGCUGGUGAGGUGCGAGGCUGAGUGCAGAGCGCGCAACUCUGGAAGAGCGGUAAAGGAUGUUAAGUCAGAGUACAGCAGAAAAUGUCCACCGAACGAACAUCAUGGACAAACUUGUCCACUAUUCAGAAAAUAGCCCUAGGCCUUGGAAUUCCAGCAAGUGCAACAGUUGCCUAUAUCCUGUAUCGUCGAUAUAGGGAAAGCAGAGAAGAGAGAUUGACAUUUGUUGGAGAAGAUGACAUUGAGAUAGAGAUGCGAGUUCCCCAGGAGGCUGUGAAGCUCAUCAUUGGUCGACAAGGAGCCAAUAUUAAACAGUUGCGGAAACAGACAGGUGCUCGGAUUGAUGUGGACACAGAGGAUGUAGGCGACGAACGAGUGCUGCUCAUCAGUGGUUUUCCUGUUCAGGUGUGCAAGGCCAAAGCAGCAAUCCAUCAGAUCCUGACAGAGAACACCCCAGUGUUUGAGCAACUCUCCGUCCCCCAGAGAUCUGUGGGCAGGAUCAUAGGGAGAGGUGGUGAGACGAUUCGUUCUAUCUGUAAGGCUUCUGGAGCCAAAAUCACUUGUGACAAAGAAUCAGAGGGAACAUUACUACUCUCAAGACUUAUAAAAAUCUCAGGAACACAGAAGGAAGUGGCAGCAGCUAAGCAUCUGAUACUGGAGAAAGUUUCAGAAGAUGAAGAACUUCGGAAGAGAAUAGCCCAUUCUGCAGAAACCAGAGUCCCACGAAAGCAGCCAAUCAGUGUGAGAAGAGAGGAAGUGACAGAGCCUGGUGGAGCUGGAGAAGCAGCUUUAUGGAAAAAUACCAAUUCUAGCAUGGGACCAGCUGCACCCCUGGAAGUUCCUCUCCGCAAAGGAGGUGGUGAUAUGGUUGUUGUAGGACCAAAAGAAGGUUCCUGGGAGAAACCUAAUGAUGACAGCUUUCAGAAUUCUGGUGCCCAGAGCAGUCCAGAGACGUCCAUGUUUGAAAUUCCCAGUCCUGACUUCAGUUUCCAUGCUGAUGAGUACCUAGAAGUCUACGUUUCUGCUUCUGAACACCCUAACCACUUCUGGAUCCAAAUCAUUGGUUCCCGCAGCUUACAGCUGGAUAAACUUGUCAGUGAGAUGACCCAGCACUAUGACAAUAGUCUGCCUGAAGACUUGACUGUGCAUGUAGGAGACAUUGUAGCAGCACCUUUAUCUACAAAUGGUUCCUGGUAUCGAGCCCGAGUUCUUGGAACCUUGGAAAAUGGAAACUUGGACCUCUACUUUGUUGACUUUGGAGAUAAUGGAGAUUGCCCACUAAAGGAUCUCAGGGCUCUCAGGAGUGACUUUCUAAGCCUCCCAUUUCAAGCAAUAGAAUGCAGUCUGGCACGGAUUGCCCCCUCAGGUGAAGAGUGGGAAGAGGAAGCUCUAGAUGAGUUUGACAGACUCACUCACUGUGCUGACUGGAAGCCUCUGGUGGCCAAAAUUUCUAGCUAUGUCCAGACUGGAAUCUCAACUUGGCCAAAGAUCUACUUAUAUGAUACCAGCAAUGGGAAGAAACUUGAUAUUGGGCUAGAAUUAGUUCAUAAAGGAUAUGCAGUUGAACUUCCUGAAGACAUGGAAGAAAACAGAACUGUCCCAGAUAUGUUGAAGGACAUGGCCACAGAAACAGAUGAUUCUCUUGCAAGCAUACUCACUGAGACAAAAAAGAGCCCUGAAGAGAUACCACAUACCCUGUCCUGCCUCAGCUUAUCAGAAGCUGCCUCUAUGUCUGGUGAUGAUAACCUUGAAGACGACUUAUUCUGAAACCUGGACUUCAGCUGCUGGAUCAGCCCUCUGCUUUGCUGUGUGAGUGGUGCUGUCAUCUAUCUGUAGCAACAGGAAAGUAAUGGGAUGACAGCACCCUCUUCCCUGUGCUCCUACAUGUCUACAUUUCUCUGCGGCAUCUUUGAUACAGCUUAACUUGCUUUCAGAGUCCUUUUAAGUUUUUUUUUUUGUUUGUUUCUAUGUCUUUGGCAGGGUGUGGUGCCAGAGGGAAGUCCAAGAUAGAGAGAUCCAUGAAGUUCUUUACUUCACAUGGUGUGGCUUGCUGUGGAUCAAAUUCAUUUUCUGUUUCAUUGGAUCUACCAGAAAGUGACAGAGACAAAUGGAAACAGAUUUCUCCACCUCACUCCUCUAGUUCCUCCCCUAUCUUUCAAUGUUUGAAUGCUGCUGUGUAAUUCCCAGCCUCUUCAUAUCAGGUUCAGUUCCCUCUGCCAGUCAUAAUUUGCAUUACUGCUGGGCUAUGUUCUUUUUGAGGCUGGGAAACAGCCAAGGUUUGGGCAUUGAAGUGAUGAUUCUGCAGAUUUCUGACUCACCUAAUCAGGUGACUGUAGUUAUAGGAAGUAUUUGGUGGACUCAGAAGACUGCAGUUGCCAGGAGAUAAGGCAAAACUCAGCAUAAAUAUAUUUAAAAGCCUCAUAAAUGGGGGAAGAGAGUACUACCUCUCAGCCUCAGUUGCUGAGGUUAUUGGAGACAGGUUUUUUGAAACAGUCCUCCAGCUAUUUCCUUGUGAACUUUAGUUAAAAAUACAACUAGAAGGGAGAAGCAACUUAGGAAACGUUGUGAACUACAAAUAUCUGUCUAUGUACAUACACAACUAGAGAGAGUGAAUGUAUAGUUCUGCCUAAGUAAUUUAGGGGAAUUGUUUGCUAAAUAAAGUUCUCAAAAAAAUUAUCUAAAACCGCAUAGUCACAACUUGGAAGUAGGCCUGUGGGUAAAGUUUCUUCUGUGUAAGCCUUGGUAGUAAUUGCCAGUGCCUCACAUACAGAGGCAUCCUGAAACAAAUGUCCUUCCCAUGCAUGCAUCCACACUCUUCCCCUGAAGUCACUGCAGAAUUCCACUACUCCCUCAGAUCCAUAACCAGUUUCAGUUAUGUACACAAAACCUACUUACACUGUAAGAGAAGGCCUGUAUUAGGAGUCUAGAAAUCUGGGUUCUAGAAGUAAGUCUUCACUAUAAACGUACUUUCCUUCUAGCAUCUUUCCAUUGCUGACAGUAUUGCAAGAUAGCACUGAGACUUGUGACAGGACCUAAAAUUAAAUACAAAUGCACAAUGAUACAACAAAUGAACUUUAGGAAACAAAGCAAGGUGAAGUGGUAAAUCUAAAAUGAACACAUGGAUGCUUCAUGUAGGCUUCUUUAAACUCGAGGGUUAGUAGCUGUGCCUGGUGUCCCAGGCCUAUACCCAGCUACACUUUGAGGACAAGGCAAGAGAGUGAAAGUUAAAGGCCAUGCCUGAGCAACUUAGUAAGAUGCUGCCUCAAAAAGAGGAUAGGGAUGUACCUCAGUGGUGUGGUACUUCUGUGUCAUUUACAACAUCCCAAAUUAGCAGAAAGAAAUCAAGGAAGGGGCAGUUUGAGCAUCUCUUAUACUCCUAGAGAAGCCAAGACAGGCUCCUAUUAAUGUUCCAGGUUCUGGCUGUAGUGAACCAUUGAAGUGUGUUCAGCCAGGCAUUGGAGUUACUACACAACAGACUCUGGAGGCCAUUUUGUCUCUAGUUUCCUUGGUGCUUCUUUCCCUCAGGGAUGGAGGUCAUAAGACCUGCAGUUCAUUGUGUAAAAAGCCUAUUAAAACCAUCUGAAAAGAUGCUCAGAGAUCAAGAACACUCUGCUGUUAUAGAAAAUGCAGGUUCCAAUCACAGCACCCACAUGGUAGCUCACAACCAUCUGUUAAUUCUAGUCACAGGGGACCUAGUUCUCUCCUCUAACCUUUGUGUGCACCAGGUAUGCAUGUGGUGUACAUCUAUACAUGUAGGCAAAACACUUAUACAUGUCUAAAUUUUUUUUAAAAAUUAAAUACAGCUGGGAAGUGGUGGUGCACGCCUUUAAUCCCAGCACUUGGGA